UUUUCAGAAAUGUCACGCAUGUUAUGUUGAGCAAUGCCUCCAUGAUUGUAUUCUGUUAUAAAAUCACAUCAUUACAAGAGUGACCAUCACAAACGUAACAUCGUUACUACGAACACACGUCUGCUUCCAGCUUGAGAUAUAAGAAAAAAGUCUGAGUGGAGCAAUCAUGCUGAACCUACGUACCCUGGUUCUUGCUACUGCCAAAUUUGGAAGUAAGAUUCAGAGCCUUAAAGCAUGCAGACAACUUCGUUUCUCAUCCACCUCCUAUCCAACUUCAGUUUUCAGAACUGUUCAUAGCUCUGAAGUUAAGCACCAAGGUCCAGUUGCUAAACCCAAGGAAGAGGAAAAGCCAGUGCUGGUAAACGCUAUACGAGACGUUGAUGGCAGCAUGAUCACUAUUGGAACAUCCACUGGAGAACAGCAUCAGUAUCCCAGUCUGUGGCUGCGAGACAACUGUCAAUGUCCCAAAUGCUUCAAUACGGUCAUGCAAUCACGAACAUUGGACUGGAAGUACUUUGAUGUCAACAUUAAGCCAACCCAUAUUAUGGCAGAAGAUAACCAACUGAAACUGGUGUGGAGUGAUGAUCAUGAGAGUGACUAUGACUUUAACUGGCUUCUGGAACGAAGUUUUGCAGAAAAUGUGCGGAAAGACUGGUUGAAGCAGCACUAUCCUAUGAUGAGGAUUUCCUGGGACACUGCUAACUUCAACAAAAUCCUCAAUAAGUAUAACUUCCACGAUGUUCUCAACAGUGAAACAACUUUACUAGACUUGCUGGAAAGUGUUGCAACAUACGGAAUUGCUGUUAUUGACAAUGCACCACCACAGGAAGAUCAACUGAGAAAAAUUGCUAACAAAGUCGGCUUCAUCAAACGAACUCAUUAUGGAGAGGAGUACAUGGUGAAGCAUCAGCCAGACACCAACAACCUGGCCUACACACCAGGAAACCUUCAAAUGCACACUGACAUGCCAUAUUAUCACCACAAGCCAGGUAUCAACAUGCUGCACUGCCUCGUGCAGACAGAAGCUAUUGGUGGUGACAACCAAGUUACAGAUGCCCUGCACAUAACUAAAAAGCUGAAGGAGGAGAAGCCUGAAGUUUACAGAGUGCUCACAGAAACUCCAGUUGACUGGUAUGAUAUAGGGCAGGAGGGUGGAUACACAUUCCACAGCCUGUAUAGGUCACCUGUCAUACUCACCGACUCCAAUGGAGAAUUUUUACGUAUUGACUACAGCCAGCAGCAGCGAGACACACACUUUACUGUGCCUCUUGAUCAGGUCAUUCCCUGGUAUGAAGCACAUGCAGCAUUUACUGAGGAAAUUUAUAACCCUGAGAAUACAGUUUACUUCAAACUCAAAGACGGUGAGAUUCUUAUGUUUGACAAUGUACGACUUUUACAUGGACGUAAGGGCUAUGAUGACAAGCCAAACAACACAAGGCAUCUAGUGGGGAGUUACCUGGACUGGGAUCUGGCUUAUUCACGCAUAAGAGUCCUUCGCAAGAAGUUGAGAGGGCACACACUUUCAAAUCAACCCUGAACAUCUGUACAGAAAUUAUUGUAAAAUAUAUGGAUUAUAGAAGGAAACAAAAGUUUAGCAUUCAUUGUGUGACUGACUGUCAUAUAUUAUGGUGUUUUACUGUGUAGACAUUUUAUAAAAUAUAAUUAGAUUUGUGAAGUUUCUGUGUUAUAUAUUACUAUAAGCUGAUAAAAUACUAUUAAGUAUGUGGCACCAUGUCUUCUUUGAAAUAAAUUCCCUGCCAAUUUUGUAAUGUUUCUUGCAAGGUAUAUGCAUUAGGUUGUAUAGAAUGUUUUCUAGAGAACUGUGUCUUAAAAUAACAUUUAAAAAACGUUACUAUCGCAUAAAAAUAUGUAACUAAUGAUACUAUCUCAUAAAAGGUCAUAUAAAUAUGUUACCUGUUCAUACACUUAAACAUAUUAUUUACUUUAUACUACAUAUUCAAGUGUUUCUGAUGUUUUUGAAAACUUUUAAAACAGCUUCAACAAACAUUUGAAACUUCUUCAAAAAUAAGAUUAUUUCUUGUAAUGUUUGUAAAUGUUAGAAUAUUCCAUAAGUUUCAUACUAGGAUUACACAGAUUACAAUUUAUUACCAUUUUAUUAGUUAACUACAGUCUUAAAACCUGUGCCAUCAUCAGUUUGGACAUUGGUAAUGACUUAUACAGCCAACAGUUCUGAUUCUUUCUGACUGUAAACACAUGAAAGUUUAAUAAAGAUAUAUGAACUUCUA